AUGUUAGACUUUCUCGAAAACCCACAAUACCCAUGUUUGGGGCCACACCUACGUCUUUUAGGCCUUACCGGUCUUUGGCACCCGAUUGUCAAUAAAAAAGCCCGCUGCAAAUUGGCUAUGUUUUACUUGACAACAGCCUUCUUUUUCAGCCAAUACUUUAAAUGUAUCAUCUAUUUUAAUACUAAGUCUCUGAAGCUGAUUUUACAGUACAUACCCUUUCAUAUGGGCAUUGUUAAGUCGUGCUUUUUUCAGAGACACCAUGAUCGAUGGUCUUACCUGAUCGAGCACACAGCUAAUAUUGAAAGAAGCCAAAGGGGGCAUAAAAAUAUAUCACAUCGUGUAACAGAUUAUAUAAGACGUAGUCGUCGCAUUACUUACUUCUUUUGGGCUCUUGCUUUCUUCUCCAAUCUUAGCAUUUUUAGUGAGCCGUACCUCAAAAACGAGACUGUGAACGGAACAAGGCUCUAUUUAUAUAUCUUCGAAGGUUACACGCCGUUUAGUCGCAUCCCACCAGGGUAUUACUGUUCCAUGGCUGUUCAAACUAUUCUUGGGCAUUUAGUCAGCGCUUAUGUAGUUGGUUGGGACACAUGUGUGGUGUCAUUGAUGAUAUUUUUCGCUGGACAGCUUAAGAUUUUUCGAGUGUACACAAAAGAGGUUAUUAAUGUAAAGAGUAAAGUGGAGUCUCAUAAGAAUAUUAUCAAGUGUCACAACUUUUAUUUAAAACUUAUCGAGUAUCAUACAUUGUUCAAUUCUCUAAUAUCACCGGUUAUGUUCAUAUACCUAAUAGUAAUUUCGGUAAAUUUGGGCGUAUGUAUUAUUCAAAUAGUGGAGUUGAAGGACGAUUUUGGUGCCCUCCUGUCUGCCUGUCUUUACGUCUUGGCUUGUCUAAUUCAGCUCUUACUAUUCUAUUGGCACAGCAACGAAGUUACUGUUGAGAGCCUUUUAGUGUCAAAUAGCUCAUUUAAAACUAAUUGGGUUGAUGUUGAUAAUGGGCUCCGAAGAGAAGUCGUCUUGUUAGCUGAAACGACAAAUCGAAGACUCGUGUUUACAGCUGGUCCGUUCCACGAAAUGUCCAUCUCAACAUUCAUUUCGAUAUUACGCAGAAGUUACAGCUUUUUUACACUUCUAAAUGAGACAGCUUAG